UCAGCCAGCACUCGCUCGCACACUCCUGAUGCUGCACGUGCUCGCUGCACUGCAGUGAGCCAGCAUUUAUUUCAGACCGGCAGGGAGGGAGAUGAAUGGAUGAGAUGAGGCUGACUGAGCCAAGAAUGACGGGAGAGUAAAGGAGGGAGGGGUUGGAAGAGAUGAUGUAAAAACUGACAACACAAUCUGGCUAAAAAAAUCGCCUCUCCUCAACUUCUCUCACGUGUGUGCACACCCCCCCCCCCCCACCCACACACACACACCGAGGAGCCGUCUCUCUCACACACACAUCCUGCUGUCUCCUGUUUGGCUCGUUGCUGCUACCUGGAGCAGAGCAUCGUUUCAAAGGGUUUUUGCGCGUGUUUCAGUCACAUGGAGCCAAUGGUUCAGUCUGCGUACUGGAGUGGAUGACGCCUGUUGAUCGGCCUAUAGAUGCAGCACUGGUGCUGGGUAAGAGGAAGAGGGACUCCUAUGUCAGAGUUUUAGGAUGGCCACUGAAGGCGCCACUCUUCCCAGCCCCGUGGUCCGCCAGAUUGACAAGCAGUUCUUGAUCUGCAGCAUAUGUCUGGACCGCUACGAAAACCCCAAAGUACUGCCCUGCCUGCACACCUUCUGUGAGAGGUGCCUGCAGAAUUACAUCCCGGCCCACAGCCUCACACUGUCGUGCCCCGUGUGCCGCCAGACCUCGAUCCUGCCGGAGAAGGGUGUGGCGGCAUUGCAGAAUAACUUCUUCAUCACCAACCUGAUGGACGUGUUGCAGCGGGCGCCGGACAGCCGCAGCCAGGAGGCCGCCGCUCUCAACAACAUCACCGCUGUGGCUACAGGCCAACUGCUCUCCUGCCCCAACCAUGGAGGCAACGUCAUGGAGUUUUACUGUCCGCCCUGUGAGACGGCCAUGUGUCAGGAGUGUACGAGUGGUGAACAUGGAGAACACCCUACUGUGCCUCUUAAAGACGUCGUGGAGCAACACAAGGCCUCGUUACAGGUCCAGCUAGACGCUGUCAAGAAGAGGUUGCCAGAGAUUGACUCAGCCCUGCAGACGCUGUCAGAGAUCUUGCUGCAGCUGACCAAUCAAAAGGGCUCCAUUGAGGACGGCAUCCAUACCACCUUUGACGAGUUGCAGAAGACCCUGAAUGUCCGCAAGAGCGUUUUACUGAUGGAGCUGGAGGUCAACUACGGCCUCAAGCAGAAGGUGCUGCAAACCCAGCUGGAUACUCUGCUGCAGGGCCAGGAGGGCAUCAACAGCAGCUGUAACUUCACAGAGCAGGCCCUGAGCCACGGCACCGAGGCCGAGGUGCUGCUGGUGAAGAAGCAGAUGAGCGAGCGUCUCAAGGAGCUGGCCAGCCAGGAGCUUCCUCUGCAGCCGGGAGAGAACGACCAGCUGGACUUCAACGUGGAGACGGAGGGACUGAAGAAGUCCAUCCACAACCUGGGCACUAUUCUAACGACUAACGCAGUGGCCUCUGAGACCGUGGCGACAGGCGAAGGCUUACGACAAUGCGUGGUGGGCGUCCCCACCUCCAUCACCAUAACCACCAAGGACAAAGACGGAGAGCUGUGCAAAAUGGGCAACGCAGUCAUCACCGCCGAAUUGUCCUCACCUGAUGGUAGCAAAGGUGAAGGGGACAUACUGGACAACAAGAAUGGCACUUACGAGUACCUGUUCACGGCUCCUAAAGAGGGGACUUUUAACUUAUCGCUGCGUUUAUAUGACCAACAUAUCAAAGGAAGCCCCUUUAAGAUAAAGGCCACCAAAUCCAUCGAUGUGUCGUCAACUUCAGACGGCGUCAAGAAGAGGCUGAAGUCUCCGGGCAGUGGACACGUCAAGCAGAAGGCCAUCAAGAGGCCGGCCAGCAUGUACAGCACAGGGAGGAGGAAAGAGAACCCCAUCGAGGACGACCUCAUCUUCAGAAUCGGCACAAAAGGAAGAAACAAAGGGGAGUUCACUAACCUGCAGGGAGUGGCUACCUCUUCUCUGGGAAAGGUGCUGAUAGCCGACAGCAACAACCAGUGUGUCCAGGUUUUCUCCAACGACGGCCAGUUCAAAAGUCGUUUUGGCGUGCGCGGCAGGACUCCGGGUCAGCUGCAGCGGCCGACCGGAGUGGCCAUCCACCCAAACGGUGACAUCAUCAUUGCCGACUACGACAACAAGUGGGUCAGCAUCUUUUCAAGUGAAGGCAAGUUCAAGAACAAGAUUGGCUCGGGGAAGCUGAUGGGCCCUAAAGGCGUGUCGGUGGACAGAAACGGCCACAUCAUCGUGGUGGACAACAAGGCCUGCUGCGUCUUCAUCUUCCAGCUCAACGGCAAGCUGGUCACCAAGUUCGGUAACAGAGGCAACGGCGACAGGCAGUUUGCAGGUACACUCAAUGGGCCUCACUUUGCUGCUGUCAACAACAACAAUGAAAUAAUUGUGACAGAUUUCCACAACCACUCAGUCAAGGUGUUCAACACAGAAGGGGAAUUCUUGCUGAAGUUUGGUUCGAACGGCGAGGGCAACGGCCAGUUCAACGCCCCCACGGGAGUGGCAGUGGAUGUCAAUGGAAACAUCAUAGUGGCCGACUGGGGCAACAGCCGGAUACAGGUGUUUGAUGGCAGCGGUUCGUUCCUGUCCUACAUCAACACAUCAGCAGACCCGCUGUACGGCCCGCAGGGUCUGGCUCUCACCUCCGACGGACAUGUUGUGGUUGCAGAUUCUGGCAACCAUUGCUUCAAAGUCUACCGCUACUUGCAGUAGCCCUUGUCUCUCUCAGCGCACAAACUGUACAGUGUAUAGACACACACACACGCACUCGUUAGUAUGGAGCGACCGGCAGAUUUGCACUCACCCACCCACUCACCCUUGAAUCAUGCUGUCUAUGUGCCAUCUGUGUGAUUGUGUUAGAGAUAAUUAUUUGUGGUUUGAAUGAAGUGAAGGGAUCUAUCAUAUUCACAGAUGGAGGCUGCUGACUGGUGCUUUGAGGGGUCAUUCAUAACCUUGUUCACAUUCCAUCUUAAUUACACUGAUUUAAAAAAAAAUAAAGCUUUAGUAUUGUACAUAUGUUAGACCUUUUUAAUUGCUGUGAUGUGGCAGGAAAACUGGAAAAAACAAAGCUAUUGCACUUGUUCCUAAAAAAUCCCCGGUUGGACACUGUUAAGUGAGACUGAAAUUUAAGUAAAGACGUAUCUAAGUCACCUGAAAAUUAACGGGAAUUCUAGUUCCAGUGACUGCAGCUUCCUGUUAAAUGCUCUUGAGAGUCGUCACAUUUUGCCUGUUCACUAUAAAAGAAAAAUAUUCCACCCACUAUAGGUAGCAGGGUAUUGUAGAGCAUGAUUAGGCAUCUCUAUGCAUGUUGUUUUUACUAAUAAAUACCAGAAAUACUGCUGUGCACAAUAUAUGAAUAUGUUUUAAGCUGACAAAAUCACUUAAAGAAACUUUGAAUGGAAGAACUGUUUCAAUUAAAAUACUUCGAUCUACUAUGUGAAAAUGACUGGUCGAUGUAAUUCGUCAUCAAUUUAAAUUAAUAAACUUGUGGUUAUAUAAAGUAAGCUGAUAACGUCUGCUUAAUUGUUUUUUUCUAAAACCACACAGUGCGUUUGUGUGUGCAAGACGAGUGUGAUUGUGUUGUGCUCAAUUAAGGGAACCAAACAAAAGCCACUUGAUAUGUUGACUUAAAAAUUUGGUGUGAUUAUGUGCAAACAUCUCGACAGCAGAAAUGCUGAAAAUAAAGUCAAUCGUCGGACACAUCAGUGAAAAGGUUUGUUCAUCAUGCUGCAAUGCAGGUUUAUUCCAUUAUCACCUUCACCCCUUUCCACACGCUCGUAUGUCUUUUCAACAUAAAAUUAAAACUACUAACAAGUUGUAUUUCAGUGAAAAAACAAACUAUUUGUCUAUCCUCAAAAAAUGCAAAAUGUAGUUCAACAGUUGAGGUGUGUGUUGUAAAAAAUGCACUGUGCUCCUGUUGGAAUUCAAAAUGUGUUUAUCCUAAAGUACUGAAUUUGGUCAUCCAUUUUCUACACAAUCCUGUUUAAUGAUUGGUUUUACAUUGUUUUGUUUAUAUUUGUAAUGCCAAAUGGAAUUAAAGUGCCCAUAGGAAAGA